AUCCCAUAAUGUAGUGGUGGUCGUCUUCCAAUUCAAAGGGAACGCAAUUUGGCUACUUUUUGGUUGUUUACUUCCAAAAUUUGGCGGUGCGUUGCAAAACAAAUCUGUCAGCGCUGUUUUUAUCACGCCAAAGCUAAAGGCGGGCUCAGGUGUGUCACCUGCAAGGAAUUCAAGGUUUGGCAAAGAAGUGUUUGGUGAGGUUUCUUUUUUGCUCUUAAAUUAAGAAGCGUAUUUAGAAAUAAUGUAACUUUCCCGGAGCGUUGCUGAGCUAACCUGACAUGAACACAAUACGCGAGUGAUUUUCUUCUUUGUCUGAAUUGAAUGAAGUUGCUGCGACAGAGAUCGACAAAAACUACGCGCAGCUUGUCAUCAAAAACACGGGGGUGACUCUGCAGGAUGACGAACCGCGAUAGUUGUAGCCUUUCCGAUCUGGAAGAUGAGGAGUGCUGGAACUCGCUGGAGAAAUACCGGGUCCUUCUGAUCAGGACGAUCGAGCCGUCACGCAUCAUCCCGUACCUGCGGCAGUGCAAGGUCCUCAGCACCGACGACGAGGAGCAGAUCUUCAACGACCCCAGCCUGGUCAUCCGCAAGCGGAGAGUGGGUGUGUUGUUGGACAUUCUGCAAAGGACCGGAUCUAAAGGAUAUGUGGCCUUCCUGGAGAGCAUGGAGCUGGAUUAUCCAGAAUUGUACAGGAAGAUAACUGGCAAAGAGCCUGCCAGAGCCUUCUCCAUGUUAAUUGACACAGUGGGGGAAUCGGGGCUGACCCAGUUCCUGAUGAGCGAGGUGACCAAGCUGCAGAAAGCCGUGCAGGAGGAGAAGAGGAGGAGCCAGGAGCUGAGCUGCAGCCUGGCCGCCCAAGAGGACACCAUCAAGCAGCUGCAGGUGAAGGACAGUGAGCUGCGCAAGCAGCAGGAAAGGGUGCGCAAGAUGAAGGAGGAGCGCAACGUGUUUAGCAAUGAGGCCAAGAAGCUCAAGGACGAGAACUACAGCCUGCUCCGCGAGCUCGCCAAGCAGUGCGAGGAAAAGAACACGGUGCUCAUGAGGAACCGGGACCUGCAGCUCGAGAUUGAGAAGCUGAAGCACAAUUUGAUGAAUGCAGAAAGUGACUUCAAGGUGGAAAGGAAGCACACCAUGAAGCUGAAACAUGCCAUGGAGCAGAGGCCCAGCCAGGACGUGAUCUGGCAGAUCCAGAAAGAAAAUGACCUGCUCAAAGCCACAGUCCAGGAGCUGGGUAAUUCAGUCCAGGUGGGGACCAAUGGGAAGGUGGGGAAGGACAAGCUGUACAUCCAGAUUCUGGAGGAUGACAGGCAGCAGUCGCUGGCAGAACACCAGGAGCUGGUCAGCCAGAUGUACAACCUGCGCAGAGACCUGCGACACGCAGAGGAACACCGGGACAAGUACAUGGAGGAGAAAGACGUUUUGGAACUCCAGUGCAUGAAUCUGAAGAAGGACUCCAAGAUGUACAAAGAUCGGAUCGAGGUGAUACUGCAGCAGAUGGAGGAAGUGGCUAUAGAAAGGGACCAGGCCAUCAAGACGAGGGAGGAGAUCCACCUGCAGUACUCCAAGAGCCUGAUUGACAAGGACCUGUACCGCAAGCAGAUCCGGGAGCUGGGCGAACGCUGUGACGAGCUGCAGGUCCAGCUAUUCAGGAGCGAGGGGCAGGUGCUGGCCAUGGAGACCAAACUGCGCCGGGUCAACCAGGACCCCCCCACGCCGACUUCAGAUUUUGAUGACAUUUCACUAAGAAGUUCACAGGAUACAAACCCAGCGAGUCCAGAUGAAGAUCAACAGCACGGAGAUCAGCCACAGGGUGUCGUGUUUCCGGAGUGGGAGGCAUCCAGAGAGUCCGACGACAACAGGGUUUCAGCGGAGAAAAGUCCAGAGGACGGGGAGCCAGCAGAAAAGAAAGCUAGCUCUAAGAGUAAAGAUGGGCACCAAACAGGAAGGAGCGGACCGAGACAACACAACAGGAAGUGACAACACAGAUACUGAUGGAACAUGACGUCACGAGAAGUUGCAUUCAAAGACACUGGUACCUGUAUGGUACCUGAGAGCCUUGGGGUGUGCUCCCACACUCGCUACAAUACACUGAUAUUGCUGACCUGGAGAACUUUGUCAGGUGUCAGGGUCAUUUUGGUUUUCUGGAUGUACAUCUUGUGGCACCCGAGGGUCCCUGGCCCCCUAGUCUGGGAACCAUUUCUGUAUCCAACAACUUUAUGUGCCACUGCAUAAAGUGCCUAACAUGGACAGCAUUUCUGUCUCAAAGGGUUGCAUUGUGAAGAUUAAAAACACCUGAUGUAUGUCUCUUCCCCCAGAGUAGAAUUGUUUUAUAAUUAAGUUCAGAAUUUUGUUGUAUGGUUUAUUAUUUUAUUUCACUAGUCUGUUGUCCUAUUUGUCUAUUUUGCUGGUAAUGUGAUGCCAGUUUCCUAAUGAAAAUACAGGUAUUCCUAAUUAAUAACACACAAUAAAAACUCUGUGUGCAUUUAACAUAUAA